AUGGAUAUCACCUAUGAAACAUUUUCUUUCCACCUUCCUAGAAUCCUAGAUGAUCUAGCCACCUGCUGCUUUGUAUCUAUAGAUUGUGAAUUCUCUGGGAUUCCUACUAUUCCUUCUCAUCCAACUAACGGACGAAACACACUUCAAGAGCGCUAUGAGGAGACCAAGGCAUGCGCUGAUAAGUACCAGAUAGUACAAAUGGGCUUCACAAUUUGCCAUGAAGACACAGAGAAAGCAAUUUACACUCUGAAGCCUUACAAUGUGUAUUUGAGCCCGCUUGUUGAACGCAAGCUGGAGGUGGAGCGGGACUCGUGCUUUCAAAGCAGCGCAGUCACAUUUCUCCUCGAAAAUCAAUUUUCCAUGGCGGCCCUGUACAAAGAUGGUGUCCGCUAUUUAUCUCGGGAGGAAGAGGCCCAUGCCAUGGCUAGAGCUUCCCAGAAAUAUAACCGCUCAGCACCGCGUGCAGUUUUAGAUAUCAAAGAAACAGAACAUGAAUCAAUUGCGUUCAUAGCUGCGGUUCGACAUUUGGUCAACGAUUGGGUUGCUCAUGGUGAUAAUCGUGAACCAUAUCUUAAUAUUCCACCACCUAGUCAUCCUGCCGUGGGCGUAAGCUCCAAUCCCAUGCCAUCAGAAUUGAAUAAUUUCCAGAAGAGACUUGUGCACCAAGUUAUAGAAGUGGAAUAUCCUUCUUUGGUAACAAUCUCGCAGCCUGCAUUCAUUCAGAUUAUCAACUACGAUGAGGCCCGCGAGAAAGCGGUUCAGGAUCAGCGAAUCAAACGGGCAAGGGAGCGAGUAUCAAAGCAAAUUGGCUUCAGAUGGGUGGCAGAAGCGUUGGCUGGAGGUGACCUCUCGCAUCUUGAUCCCUACUGUUUCCGUAGCAUCAUGUCGAGAUCAACAGCUGUAGAGCCCCAGGCUUCGCUCUGGGAAUUUUCGGACAAACUGAAGCGGAAACUUCAAUCUCAUAGACCUAUCCUGGUAGGCCACAAUAUUUUUAUCGAUUUGAUUUACUUCUGUCGGUGCUUCUUUGGACCACUGCCGGACCGCAUGGAGGAUUUCCAGACCAUGGCCCAUAGCAUGUUUCCAGUUUUGGUAGAUACGAAAUACAUGGCUACACAUGAAUGCGGAUCCAUCAAUCCGCGAUCUUCGUUAAGUGAGAUUAAUGCGGACUUGUUGCAAAUAUCGACUCCGACAAUAAGGUUACAUUACCAGCACAAUAAAUACAAUUUUCGAAAGAUCGAGCACGAAGCUGGCUAUGAUAGUUUGCUUACUGCCCAGGUUUUCAUUAAGCUUUCAGCUCAACUUCGUGAUGGUGGAAUCCAGCCUGACGGGAUAGCCUCGAGCUCACUACAGGGGCAAUCGAGCAAAAAUGAGCCAUUAAAGUGGGGAGCAAAACAAAGCAGUGGUAGGGCGGCCGGUCGUCUUAACCUUCGCACGCAUUUUGAUGCGCAUGAAUUUGAAACGCCUGAUGUCGAUAGCAAGAAUUCCAGUAAACCGGCUCAGAUGACCUUAAAAACUAGCCACCAUGAGACUGUAAUAGUCAAAACGAACAAUGGCGGAUUGAUCCCCCGGAAUAAUGAAGGGUUUUGGCAUGUCUACAGCAACAAGUUGCGGGUCUUUGGCACAGAGGAGAGGGCCAAUCUUGUCCAGUCAUCUGCAGAACGCAAAAUGAAAGGAAUCAACGACUCAGUCAACGUAUUCGGGGCGAUGUCUUCGGGAUACAAUGGUGCCAGGCGCAUAGCCUCGGCAUUGUGGCCUUCAAUCGCCGAGCCCAGCGUGUGCAGAAGCUGUCGCCGCAACUAUGCCGCCAUGGCUUCAACCGAAGCUUCUUCUGCGACAACGACUCCCUUCCCCGUUAUGAAGCCUACGUAUACCAUUAAUGCUGGCGUACUUCUUUCUCGUCCACCCCAGAUCACCCGCGACCUGACCCAGUUCGAGAAAGCCUAUUACUUCUACCAGCGACGACUGAACGAGCGUUUGGCGUUGCCCUUCACCAAGUAUUUCUACUUCAAGCGAGGCACCCCGGCAGAUGAGGAGUGGAAGCGUAAAAUUCGCGAACGCCAGACGCCCGCGCGGGAUAUCGGCAAGUACAAUGCUUACGCCAAAGAUGCGUGGAAUGACGAACUUCUCGUUGGAUCGGUGGAGUCGGAACCGGAGCACCAAGUGGAAAUGCUUGUGCAGGAUGCAGAAGCUACAGCGAACGCCACGUCUCAAGAUACCAGCAAGAAAGAGGAAAUCCCAAGACCUUUCUCCCGAGUAACAGAGGCGGAUCUGAAGAAUGAUCAAACCAGCCUGAACCGGGCGCUUCAGCGGACACUUUAUCUUCUUGUCCAGUCUAAGGACGGAUACUGGAAGCUCCCAACUUCUCCUAUUGAGGCAGAGGAGACUCUUCGGAUGGCUGCCGAACGUACCCUCGCCCAAUCGGCUGGUGUAAACAUGAACACCUGGAUGGUUGGUUUCCACCCAGUCGGUCACUACGUCUACAAUAACCGCAAGCCGAAGAUCAACGAGGCAACUGGCACGGAACAUCUGGGCGAGAAGACCUUUUUUAUGAAAGCGCGUAUCAUGGCUGGUCAGGCGGACCUGUCUGCCAACGACCAGGAUCUCAAGGACUUCAAGUGGCUGACUAAGGAGGAGAUUGCGAAGUACGUUCGCGAUCAGUACUACAGCAGCAUCAAGAACAUGCUGGCUGAGAGGUAG